CCUUUCCUAUAUAAGAAAGUCAAUUGUGAUAUGAAGUGCAGUCUAAAAGUGCACGUUGAAUUAGUUUUUUUUUGUAAUGGAAGAAAACAAUAUUUUAAUUCUAGUAUGCUUUAUGCUCAAGAUGUCACUAGUACAUGGGGAUUACUAUACCCCUAGUGAAGAAGUUGGUCGUAGACUGUCCGAAUACAACCCAGCUGUUGACAAACAGUUUCCUUUCGAAUAUGGAUUGGGUAGUUACUAUCAAGGAGACAUAAUGCUUGUUCCACCAUCUGAUGGGCGUGUUUCUGUGCCGGAUACUUUGACUUCGUACAUAUGGCCAAAUGGAACAGUGCCUUAUGAAAUAGCCGGGAAUUUUUCUAAUUCUGAACUCAACACAAUCUAUUCUGCAAUGAAUAUGUUUAAACGCUACACUUGUGUACGUUUCAUCCCGCGCACUGAAAAAGAUCAGUUGUUUGUAUCAAUCGUAAACAACAACACUGGUUGCUACUCCUAUAUUGGAAGGCAGACUGAUAAUCAAUACAAUCUCAUCAAUCUACAAACUCCUGAAUGCUUGAUGGCAGUUGGAACACCAGUACAUGAGAUGAUGCACGCUCUUGGCUUCUACCAUGAAUUUGUCCGGCCUGAUAGAGAUGACUACAUUACCAUCAACAGAAGUGCUCUUCGUCCAGAUCUUCAAGCUGAUAACGUGUAUGACAGUAACUUUGGCAAACUGCGACCUGAAGAUGGCCAAACCUAUAAUAUUUCAUAUAACUAUGGUAGCGUCAUGCAUUAUUCUCGAUAUGCCGGAGCACAGAGUCGUGAAUAUCCUGUGCUAAUCAAUAAGAGACCUUGGGUCGGAGAUUUCGGUAAUGAAAAUGGAUUCGCAACUACAGACGUGAUGGAAAUUAAUCUUCGGUAUAAAUGUUCAAAUACCAAUAGAGUUCCAAGACCCAUUACACCUUGGUUUGGAUGAACGGUGGACCGUUGCUUCAUAGAUACAGUUUGAAUAGUGACGUAUGCAAUCGUAAUAUACAAUAAAAUGUA